UCUUGAGAAUCCAUCCGCUAUAACUCAUCAAAAAGUGUACAAUUUUGCAAUACUUGCUAUGACACCCACAAAAUACGUCGACCGAGCCAUCCCCACGAUAUCACUUCGCGAUUUCGAAUCGCGGGUGGACGAGAUCACAUCCGAGCUUGUCGAUGCAGCGGAGAACGUCGGAUUCUUCUGUAUUGUUGACCAUGGCAUUUCGCGCGAAACAUUCGAUGACAUUUUCGAUCAAUCAGCCCGUUUCUUCAACCAAGAUGACGAAGUGAAGACCAACGUGCCAUUUUCUCCGCAACAUAACGCGGGCUGGGAGAAGAACGCCCAAAUUCGGCCUUCGACUGGUGCCGUUGACCGGAAAGAGUCGUAUCAGAUGCAGUUCGGUGCUGGCAUGGACGGACGAUGGCUGGAUGAGAACACGCUACAUGGAUUCCGACAAAAAGCGUUGAGCUUUAUGCACCAAGCCCAGAGUGUGAGCGAAAAGUUGAUGAUCUGUCUCGCUCGGGGACUCAAUUUCGAGGAUGAUUAUUUCGUAAAAGCUCAUGACGUUUCCCGGUCCGAAUCGCAGACUGUUUGCAGACUGCUGCAUUACUUCGAGACCCCUAAACUAUCGAAUCCGACCGGCGAGGUUUUCCAUCGUGCUGGCGCGCAUGCAGAUUGGGACUUUUUAACUUUGCUUUUCCAAAAAGCUGGGCAGUCAGGACUUGAAAUUUGCCCUGGUCGUGAGGUGUCUACUUCGUUCGGAUAUGGCGAUGCCUGGACCAAAGUCGAGCCUGAUGCAGACCAAAAUGCCAUUGUGUGCAACGUGGGAGACUUACUCAUGUCAUGGUCCGACGACCGUUUCAAAUCGACUUUCCACAGAGUCAAGGCUCCAUCUGAUCCUGACGACUUUUACGGUGAGCGUUACAGUAUAGCAUUUUUCAACCAGCCUUGCACAGAUGCCCAGAUUCAAGGCCCUUUGAAAAAGUAUCCUCUUGUUACCGGUGGGGAAUUUACGCGGAACGCUAUGAAUAGGAACUACAAAGCUUUGCAGGAUAAACUUAGGAGAGAAGAAGAGAAGGUCCUCAACGCUUUGACGCAAGUCCAGGAAGUUGGCGUGGGAGCUUAG